CCUCUUCUGAUGAUGUGCGUGAGAUUUGAUUGGCCAAGAGGCAGUUCUUCCGUUAUACGUAUGCUGGGACGUUUCUGUCUACAUAGGCUGCUGGAUGGAUAUCUCUGAAUUACAUUUAAAACUUGUAACGUCUGCAAAUUCUCUCUGAACUCUGAUUUCAACAAUGGAGCCCAACAGUAAGGAAACCAAACACAGACCUUCAAACAGUACAGAACAGGAGUUCGGAGGAACUUUGGGUGCAGUUUUCAUACCAAUCUUUCUCCCCUUAACUGUGCUGUCACUGAUCUGCUUGUGUCAGUCCCCCGAGGCCUCCGUCUUUCAGUGGCCUCCUCCACUCCCAUCCACUGAAAGACUGUGGAAUCCUGUGGCCCCAGUGAUACUGCUGGGAUGGCUUGCUCUUCAUGCUCUUCUCUAUCUGCUGCCAUUGGGGAAGGUGUCUGAAGGAUUAGUGCUCAGAGAUGGAACGCGCCUCAAGUAUCCCAUUAAUGGUUUCCAUGGCCUGUGUGUUACCAGCGUGUUGCUGAUGCUGUCUCUGGUGCUCGGCGCUCCCUUUGGGUAUCUGUUUGAGCUUCUUUUGCCUCUGGCAGUAUGUGCAACAGUACUGUCAUUUCUGCUCGCCACCUACCUCUACAUCCGCUCUUUCUCGGCUCCUCCCCACGCUCUUGCUCCGGGGGGGAACACCGGAAACCCAUUGUAUGACUUUUAUAUCGGACGAGAGUUAAAUCCCCGGAUUGGAAACUUUGAUCUCAAAUAUUUCUGUGAGCUCAGACCAGGUCUGAUUGGCUGGGUGGUCAUAAACCUGGGCAUGUUGAUGAAAGAGGUGGAGCUUCGAGGUUCUCCUUCCCUGGCCAUGAUCCUGGUGAACAGUUUCCAGCUGCUUUAUGUUACAGAUGCUCUGUGGAAUGAGGAAGCAGUUCUGACUACCAUGGACAUUGUGCAUGAUGGUUUUGGCUUCAUGCUGGCCUUUGGUGACCUGGCCUGGGUUCCGUUUACAUACAGCCUGCAGGCAAUAUUUCUGGUCAUGCAUCCACAGCACCUAAGCCUCCUCAGAGCUGCAGCUAUAAUCACACUGAAUGGUAUUGGAUAUUACAUUUUCAGAAAAUCCAACUCACAGAAAAACCAGUUUAGACGAGAUCCCACACAUCCAAGUGUUGCAAAACUGGAGACAAUCGCCACAGCAACAGGGAAGCGGUUGCUUGUGUCUGGUUGGUGGGGUCUUGUCCGUCAUCCCAAUUAUCUCGGUGACCUGGCCAUGGCCUUUGCCUGGUCCCUGCCAUGUGGAUUCUCACACCUGCUGCCUUACUUUUAUGUCACAUAUUUCACCAUAUUGCUGAUACACCGAGAAUCCCGCGACGAGCGACAGUGCAGGGCUAAAUACGGAAAGGCGUGGGAAUCCUACUGCCAACGUGUUCCGUAUAGGAUUUUCCCGUACAUAUACUGAGGAUGAGGUGGAAUUACGCUGCAGGACUCGGAUUGUAACCCACUUG